UUGCUUUAAUAAAGGUUGAAAAGGGAUCGAGGCGCCUGUGGACGCCAAAAAAAAGCGGGGGGAGAAGCGGACAUCAACCCAGAACUGCAUUUCUGCAGCAUCGCGGUUUUUUUUUCUCUAAGAGAGUUUGGUCGAAGGUGGUCUAUCUACAUCUGAAUUAUUUCGGUCGCAGCGUUUUCGGAGGGAAUUGGGUGAAAAUAAAAAAGGAACUGGAAUAUGGCAGGAUGAGCUGUGCCAUGUUCUUACUUGGCUUUUAGCUUUUAACCCUUUCCAGCGCUUGUCAGUGCAAAGCGGCUCCUGGCCAGACCCUGGAUGCAGCAGCCGGAUCGCUGCUGCGGUCUAUUGUAUCAAGGCAGUUUCUGUUUCUGAGAGGGUCGGUAUGAAUUACAGAGAAAUUAUGCAUCCUGUUGGCUGCAGUAACACUGGCUGCUGUGAGCCAGAGAAGGAGGUGACAUUUGGUGCUGAUGAUGUGAGCAGCGAUGACCAGUUUGAUUUAUGCUCUCCCCAACCGGACAAACUUUAUGGAAACAGCUAUAAGUCGAUCAGCUGCGUAAAACAAGAAUCGUUGGAGGAGCCGAAUUCACAAAUGGGUGUUGGUAGGAAUGCAGAAGCUCAGAAUGACUUGAAAAGAAGGAAAAACAUUUUUCGGGCGGGGAAACGAGGAAGACCAUCAGGUACGACGAAAGCUGCUGGGUACAGAACCAGUACAGGCCGACCUUUGGGAACAACAAAAGCAGCUGGUUUCAAGACCAGCCCAGGCAGACCUUUAGGAACUACCAAAGCUGCGGGAUACCGGGUCAGCCCAGGAAGGCCCCCAGUGUUUAACAGGCAAAGGCAAGACCGAAGGAAAACUCAACAACCAAAGAGUUAAGCACUGUACUUUAACGCUUCUACAUAAUCACAAUUGGACAUGCAAAAGGUUUGAUUGACAACUAGGGUUGAUUGACAACUACGUGAAUCGCUCUUAGAAAAGCAGGUUUUCACAUUUAUUCAACAUGUACUACUGUAAUGGUAACACUGAUGUUUUAUCUAAAGUAUUCCAUGUGUACAUCUUUGAAAUUUAAUUACAUUAUCGUGGCAUCCCUUGUAGCUGCCUAUUUUCACUAAUCCAUCACAUGAGACAUCUUCUCCAGUCAAGAACAUGCCUUGGACUGGUUUUAUAUAUCUAACAACUCUUGUUUCCAAAUUGGAAAUCUGAGUUUUCUCUUUCAUAAUAAAACCAAUUUUUCCAAAAAUCCUUGCAGACACUUUCUUAAUUAGACUUAUAAAAGAUCUGUACCUGAAGGUGAUUUAAGUUACAACUUAAAUUCUGAACAUUUAUAAGGAAGCUUAGAGCUGUGCACCUGAGUAAGAGAAGACCUUUCUCAACGUUUUGCGUAGGCAGAUAGGUAAUAUGUCAGUAACAUGGAUACUGUGUAUUUCUGGACAUCAAUAGGCGUCUGCCACCAGAUGCUGCGACAGUGCCGAAGACCAUUAGCUUUGAAGGAGCCUUGGUUGUAUUUCUAACAUUUUGGAUACAAACUGCAUGCUUCAACUUUACUGUUACAUGUACUGUAUAUACAACUGCCGCAUCAGAACACUUGUAUGUAAGAGACAUAGUUUAACCAGUAUGGUUAUGUGAUAAAACUGUUUGUAUUUGGAGAAUGACUUUUUUUUUGAUGGUUGGAAAGCAUGUUUUUGUUUAAAAGCUGUCUCAUUGGGGCAUCCCCUGAUAGUUUCAUGGGUAAAUAGUUUAAAUGCCUUUGAGGAGGCAAGUCCCAAAUGUCAUGCUCAUUAUGACACUAGUUCAUUUCUACAGAGAUGGCACUGUGGAUGUGACGUGGAGCUGUGGUUGUACCUAGCUGUGACCUUUUGUAUUGUUGCAUAACAAGCUGUCAAUCUGUCUAGGCAACCUUCAGAUAAUUGACUAAUUAAAAUAAGUGGUGGAAUGACAUUUUAGGAUCACAAAACUUUGCAGCAAAGAAAGAAGUCAUUCAACUUAUCAUGCUGAUCUUUUUUUUACUAGCUGCCCUUCACAUUGCACUCUGCAUAUUUUCUCUGGGUGAGCAAAUAGUUGCCAAUAUACUCCAAUGAAGAGCAAAAAGGGAACAGUACUAGGAAACUAAGUUACAUUCUAAAAUUGUUAAAUCAACUUAAUGGUCUAAAUUGGCAUUAAAAAGUUCUGGAAUUCCUCUCUCUCCAACAAAUCUGAUAUGGAAUUGGAAGGCAUAAAUAUAUUUUUGGAAUGGGUCAGUGGGAUUUUGAAAAGUAUGUUUUGAAAGAAUAUUAAAAAAAUCCUUAACUGUUCUUCAGCAUAUGCUGCAAAGUCACUCGGAGAUCCUGUUUAAUCAUUGCAAGCUUACUUCCUUGUCUUCCUCCUCCUUUUGAGGUCUAUGCUGGAAAGUGAACUUGAAUAACAAAGCAGUUUUGAUGUGAAGAAAGGAGAUAAGUAUUUAUGUUUAUGGCUGAAAUUGUUUUCUGACCUUGAACUACUUUGGGUUAAAAUUUUAGAAUCUGCUAUUUUCGAUACUAUACCCUAUCGUACGGUUAGAAUUCCCUAAAAGGAAGUAUCAGUGUGCAUUCAGGCAUGACAUGGAGGAGGACUGAUGCCUCCCAUGUGAAGAAACUCCUUUAUCAGCUGGAUAUCCCCACAUUUAAAGAAGGUUUGUCACACUUGGAGGGAGUAGUGUUGGGUAAUACAUUUUUGGUUUGAAUUUAAAAAUCCUUAGUCAAUGGACUAUGGAUGCAAUAUUUCCCUAUUCUUGCUUAGUAACUGAUGGAAAGGAAAGGGCAUAAAACAAGUGUAAUUUUAAAAUUAUUCUCUGGUCUGGAAGGAACAUUUUAUAUUGUUGAAAAUCAUUGCUAAAAAAAGUCAUGCUUAUUUAUUUUGUUGUACAAUAUUCUCUUACAACAUUAUAAUUAGAAUUGGGAUAUGUCACGGACAUGUUUUAAAGCAAUAUGCUGAAGAGAAACAUAGAAUAUAGAGACACGAGUAAGCCAUUCAGCUCUUUUGAGCCUGCACUGCCCUUCAGUAUGAUCAUGGCUGAUCAUCCAACUCAGUAUCCUGUUCCUGCUUUCUCCUCACAUUGAUAUUUAUCCCAAACAACUACAUUUAUCUCCUUUUUGAAAAAAUAAUGAUGUUUUGGUCUCGACCACAUUGUGUAGUGGGGAAUUCCAUAGGGUCACCACGUUUACUGGAUGAAGAAAUCUUUCCCCAUCUAAGUGCUAAAAGGCCUACCCGUGUAGAUUGUUCUAGUUCUGGUCUCCAAAGUCACCAAGAACUCCCAUCCUGCAGCUGCCAUGUCUAAACCUAUUAGAAUUUUAUAGUUCCCAUUGUUUUCCUUGAUAAUUUCUUUCCACUAAUAGGGAAAGUAGAUCAACUACUGUAAGCUAAUGUAACUUCAGAGUUACAGCUGCAGUUUGCUGUGUGUAGCAUUUGAGGAUUCUGAAAAUGCAGCAUUAGCUUCUUUCACUUUCUAAGAGGGAAGCACUGCUUUAAACUUUGCUGGGUUCAAGGGUCAGUUACCCCUGCAGCUCAACUCCUGUGUACACUGGCUAUUUUUGUGAACAGUUUUUGGUUUAAUUUUUAAUCAAGCCAAUAAUGUAAAUUAUGUAGAAAUGUGUCAAAUGUUAUGUCUAUUUGGCAAAAGGUUAUAUUUAAUACUUGUAUCCACACAUCAUCAUCUUUCCACCAAAAAAGGGCAUAAACCCAUUGCCUUCAUCUAAACAAUAUUGUUUGAGAGUUUUGGUUUCUGGAAUUUGAGAAGCUAGCAAAUCCAUGUCUUAAAAAAAUUAUUAUCCAAAUCUCUAUUGAAACUGUAAUUAUGGCAGUCACAUUUUUGGUUACUCCCAAAUGUGAUCGUCUUAGAAUGUAUUUCACCAGGAAAUAAAUCACUUUGUGCUUUUAUUUAAAAGUCAAAAAAUCUAUUUUAAAUAUUUAUUGAUCUAAAAAUUGUUCUAAUUAAACUUGACCUCCAAGUUACUGGUCUUUAAGUAAUCAGGUACUUGUCCCCCACUUCAGUGUUUAAAUAUUUCUUGAAUGUAAUUUAAAUAUUUAUAUUAGCAAGAAAUGCAUUAGUUUACAGUAUUCUCAUUUUAACUUAUGUUUUUAAAUGUUUCAGAUUAAACCCUUGUAAUAAGCUAGACAUCCACGUUGUACUUUUUUUUUCUGGGAAAUCCUCUGAUUUCUCCACUUCUGCAUUCCUUCGCUAAAUUAAAAGAAAAAUUAUUAUACCUUGGCAUAUGUCUUUUCAGUUCUUACAUAACUUUCAAAUGCGCGUGUUGGUUAGUAAACGUAUGUAUUUUUUAAUAAAACAGCUGAUUGUUGCCUGAUGUGGUCACAGAUAGUUGGAAUUCAGUUUUACAUGUAUGUGUGUUUAUCAGUCAGAAUCCUGAUGUUAACAGUACUUCUAUGUGCAAGUACCAAGCUGAGGCCUUUAGCUAUCCUUUUUGUUUGGAAAAGACACUUCUUGAGAGAGAGCUAUUAGUGUUUACUGUGAACUAAUAGCUGGCAAAAAAAAGCUUUAUUAACAGACUUCUCUGAGCUGAUGUCCAUCAUCUAUUCUCAGCCUGAUCAUACCAAAAUACCAUAGAAAUUUCUGUCUGUCUUUUUUAUUCCACUUGUAGCUUAAACUGUGAUCAUUUUCUUAGUUUUCAAGACAGUCCACUUUUUUAACCUGCUUGUACUACAUUUGAGUUAAUCUAAUUAAUCUAUAUAUUUAUUUGUUCUUUCUACCCUGUCACCAUUUACAUUUUGCAUUUUGACUGAGAUAGUUGGGAUGUAGUCUAUGGUCAGCCCUCAUUUUUCUCUAGAACUCUUAAAAUGUCACCUGGACAUUUGAAACAGCAUCUUAUUUAUUUGACUUUGACUUUGUGUCUCUAUUAAAUACUGCUCAGAAUAAUAAUGGACUAGAUUUAGAAUUUCUGUUCUGUCACAAUGCAUGGUAAAAUAUGUGGGAGAGUGGGUCAAUGCAUUGUAUCUGGCUCUAUAUUUAGAGAUGUGCUAUUGCUUAUUGUUUUAUUGGACUUCGAAUACUUUUUUUCAUUUUUUUGAUUCAGUUUUUAUAAUUCUGUAUUCAAAUGUGUAGUCUCCCUGUCUGUUUUGAUGGUGCUUGCGAGCGCCAGUGAUGCAAAGGGGAAGGCAAUCUUUUUCAGUCACAAUCUGUUUCUACUAGCAAACCCUAACAUUGAGCAACAACUGUUAUGCUCUGUAAUAUUUGUAUUUUGUUUCUUUGAAAGAACAAUAAACAUGUUGUUUCUACCUUGAAUUGGACCUACAUAAGUCUUGCUUCAGUACAGUUUGGGGCUUCUGAAACUUACGUUUUAACUUCCUAAACUUUUCUCUAAAAAUAUAAAAAUUGCAAAGAUCGGAGUUCUUUUAAUUGGAGAUGUAAUUGAUCUUUAGCAGUUGAAUGAAAAAUUAGACUUUAGCAAAUCACAGGCAAACAGCAUAGAAACUUGGAUUGCGCAUAAAAUGUACAUUCUGCAUUACUGCAAAAAAUCAAUUUAAUUUCCAGCCUGAGAACAUUUUUGCACCAAACACUUGGUGCAUACGGUUAAUAAAUUUUUAAAUUGCUAGUGUUUGUUUUUUUUUUUAAAGCCCAUUACCUUGCAGAUGGGAAGGGGGUGCAACACAAGAAGCAGAUUUGUCCUACAAACUAAAUGUGCAAUAUUGAUUUAGCAUUUCAGAUAGUGACUAUUAUAAGAACAAUAACUGGGACAGCCUGCCCUGACAAAAAAACCUAACUUCAGGUUGCCUGUCCUGGAUGACAUCUGGGUGCACUUGAGUUUCAUCCUAGGUAGUGAGACUUUGUGUCAGAUGUGCUUUCUGGCAGGUGGGACAUGACAACGCGUAUAAAAAUUUACGGCUUAAAAGUAAAUAAGACAGUUUGUCAUGGAUCAUGAAGAACUCAUGAAGCCUUUUUCCCUUUGUCGUAAUUCAUGCAAGAAUGAUUGAUUCUCAACAGGGUCAGUCAGACUGAGAUGGAAGUGUGCUUGCCUACUGGGUUUUCUUGGGUCAGCCUAUUAAUGUAGUUACAGGUGCAGGUUCAGAUAUGUACAAUAUACAUUUAAGCUGAGAGUGAAAACCACAGACAUUGAGACAAAUAAUAGUACUCUUUAAAAUACGUUUGAAAUGAUUCUCAGUUUUUGUCAAGAAUGAAGAGGCAAAGGACGAAAGAGAUGAAUAAAACUUAAAGGAUGCCCAAAGGGCUGGCUUAUCUGAGAAGGUAAGUACAUCAUACUCAUCAUACUGAUGAAUAUUGAAGUGCCAGGUGAUUUUGUGUGAAGUACUUUGGGUGGAACAUUGGUGAAUUAUGGAGCAUAAGUUUGCUGAUGGGGAAAAAUUCACCUGAUCUCCCUUCUAAUUCUUUGUCAGUUGGCUUAAAUCAGAUUUCUCUGGUUAUUGAUCCAUCUGCCAGUAAAAAGUGCCCUCCUUAUUCACUGUAUCAAAACCAUUCUUCACUUUAAACACUUCAGUUAAAUCUGCAUAACUGUCAGCUCAUUAUGUCACUAAUUAUGCUAUUUCUACGCUAUGUAGUAGUUUAAAACGUCCUUCAAGCAUGGUUUGGCUGUCUGUGAAGCAGCCGCUGACAAGAUAGUUCCCACAGUCAUUGCCAACUAAGUGUGCUCAAGCAAUGAAUGACAUUUUGGUUUCAUUCAAUUAGAAAUCCUGCAUAUCUUAUUUUUGCAGUACCAUUGGAAGUGUAUCAAACUAAGGUUCAGGUACCAAAAAGACACCUGUGUAUCAGCUUGAUGCCAUUGUAUGCCUGUCAAUGUUAGGCAUGUCUCUGCCCACCUGCUGAUUCAAAUUUAUAUGUACAUUAGCUAGUGGUGGUAAUUGUGGAAACAAAAUUUUUGAAAAUUGCCAUACUUGACAUGAGCCCCACCAACUGGUGAAAUAAAAUGCUAAGAAAUGACUAGCACAUUUGGUUUUUCCAUGACAAUUCCCAUGACCUCCAGGAAACUUAGAGCUGCUUAGCUACCACGAACACUCAUUUUAGAUGAUUAUUCUUUAUGUUUGAUGUGUUGAACAUCAAAAAUUCCUCAUUGGCCUAAUAUUCUUGUGUUUUUUUUGUUAUUUUCAGUCUUCAUUGUCUACAUUGUUUGUUCUCCAUACAGUUUUUCCUCUGAGACCUAGUGGACGCAUUAGAAAUACUCCAGAGAUAAUAGGAGCUGCAGAUGCUGGAGAAUCUGAGAUAACAAGGUGUAGAGCUGGAUGAAUACAGCAGGCCAAGCAGCAUCAGAGGAGCAGGAAGGCUGACGUUUCGGGUCUAGACCCGAAAUGUCAGCCUUCCUGAUGCUCUGAUGGUGCUUGGCCUGCUGUGUUCAUCCAGCUCUACAUCUUAGAAAUAUUCCAGCCUUAGUAUAGUAAAUAAUUAGCUGUUUCAUUUCCAGAUGUAAAUGUAAAUAAUCAUAGUCCUCUUUCCAUUGGUCUGUUUUUACUAUUGGAUUCAAUAUUUUAAAAAGUGAAGCUUCUUAACACAAACUAUAAAUACAUUGAAAUUUAUACAUCAAGAAACUGACGAAAGACAUCAGGGAUUGUAAUACAGCCAUUAGAAUAUAUUCUUGCCUAUUGAGUUGGUGGCAUUUAAUUUACUUCACGUAGUUUAUCACUUCAGUGCCAGUCUGCUGAUUGGCUUGAACAAUGCCCUAUAAUGGGGAGGAUGCAGUUUGCAUAAUCACUUACACCUUUUCAAAGUUUCAGUGUAUCUCAAGGGCUGUUCAACCAUGUUACAUAAUAAUCAUAAUAUAACUUUACACUUUGAUUUUCUGAUUCUUUUAUUUAGGCUGCAGAGUCUAUUGUGACAUUGCCUUUCAGAGAUACCAGGACAAUGAUCAGUUUGUAUUUUAUAGUAAUGGUUCACCUGUAUUAAAGACUGAAAAGGAUUAGAAAUAGAGGCCUUUUAAAUAUAACACUGAAGGAAUAUGUAUGAUGUAUAUAUAAUAUAUGGUGAAUUGUAUAAAGCAAAACAUUGUGAUCAUAUGAAGAGCAGUAUAAUGUCUGUCUGUUUGUUUGUCAUCUAGUGGGGGAAAAAAAACUGACAUUUAGCAUUCACCAAGCAUUAAUAUAAUUAUUUCUGAAACAGAUGCAAUUGUGUCCUUGUUGAUGUUUUCUGCUUGAAAGUAUCUUGU